AUGGAGACCAAUUACAUUUUCAAGUUAUUAAUACUCGGUGAUGCCGGCGUGGGCAAAAGUUGUCUGCUGUUGCGUUUUACAAACAAUCGCUAUACGGGUCGCUACUGCAGCACCGUGGGCGUGGACUCUAGGACGCGUACGCUAGAGAUUGCUGGAUUUAAGAUAAAGCUGCAUAUCUGGGAUACAGCUGGCGAGGAGCGUUUUCGCUCCAUGGUAAGCACCUACUAUCGACAUGUGCAGGGCAUUGUGCUGGUCUUCGAUACAACACAGCGCAAUAGCUUCAACCACAUUGACUACUGGCUGAAAGAGAUUGAGAAAUACGCAUUGCCCAAUAUAUGCGUAAUGCUGGUGGGCAAUAAAUGUGAUGCGCUGGAGAAGCGCCAGGUAAGGCAAGAGCUGGCAACUGACUAUGCCGACCGUUUGGGUCUGCCCUAUAUGGAAGCUUCGGCUGUUAGUGGCGUAAAUGUGGAGCGUAUGUUUGGCAAACUGGCUGUAAAUAUAUUUGAUAUACACGUACUGCCCACACUACAGCAAGCCAAAGGACCUCAAUCACAUGGCAUUUCGCUAAGCUCAUUGCCAAAAACAAUAAAACCACGGAACAACAAGCAUAGAAACUACAAUUGCUGUUAA